UGUGCAACAGUUGACAGUGCUGACAGAGCGAGGGCAAAGAGUAAACAGGUAGAGGUAGAGGUGUAGAGAGAGAGAGAGAGAGAGAGAGACCCCGCGGGCACAACUCAGACACUAAAACAGUCAUCAUCUUCCAAGGACCAGAACAACACCGGUGAGAGAGAGACAAGAGAUUCUGACCAUGGCGUCGUUCGAACCUCAGGGCCAGUCUCCUCCUUGCUGUGGCCCCCAGUUCCCCAGCUUGGGCCAGGAACCUCCAGAACUCAGCAUGUACAGUGACUGCUACUAUCCUCCGCCAUCGCUCCCCAGCCCCCAGCGUACCCCCGACACCUCCUACGACUACAGCACCUCCUCCCCCAACCCUUACCUGUGGUUCAACGGAUCCGGCAUCAACGCUCCCCCAUACCUGGCCACUGCAGGGCCUCCAGGUAACCCCGGGCCCCCCUUCGUCCCCCAGCACUACGGAAUGCAGAGGCCCUACCUGGGGUCCAGCGGGGCGGGGGUCCCUGGGGGGGAGCUGAGCUGGUUCUCUCUGCCCUCACAGGAAGACCUGAUGAAGCUGGUACGCCCGCCCUACUCCUACUCUGCCCUCAUCGCCAUGGCGAUCCACGGCGCCCCGGAGCGGCGGCUGACCCUGAGUCAGAUCUACCAGUACGUGGCCGAUAACUUCCCCUUCUACAACAAGAGCAAGGCUGGCUGGCAGAACUCGAUCAGGCACAACCUGUCACUUAACGACUGCUUCAAGAAGGUCCCCAGAGACGAGGACGAUCCUGGUAAGGGUAACUACUGGACACUAGACCCAAACUGUGAGAAGAUGUUUGACAAUGGAAACUUCCGUCGUAAGAGAAAGAGGAAGUCUGAUUCGCUGUCUGGAGGAGAGGGGGAGUCAGUAGGGCUGGAGUCAGGUGAUCCCAAUGACCGGGGGAGUCCCCAACCCCCCAGCAACCAUGGGAUCGACAUGUCCCCCACGCCAGAGAGAAUCCCCUCCCCUUCCUCCUCAGGUACCGCCCCUUGCCUGAGCAGCUUCCUGUCUGAGAUGUCUGGAGUGGCGUCUGGGGGAGCCAAUGUAAUCGGAGGAGAUUCGCUGAACCAUGCCCUGCCCAUAACCCUUACCCUGGACGGGACCCAGAGGCCUACACAGCCUGGGGGUUUUGGUAGUUACUGCCCUAGUUCAGGUGCUUCGGAGUGGGCUUCCCAGCUACCGCCUCCUCCUGGCCUCUCCUCCUCGCCCACCCACUCCUCCCUGGGUUACAGCAGCCCCAUCCUCAGCCAGUUCAAUGGGCAUUUCUACCCUGGCUUGGGCUCAGCAAGCAUCCUAUACCCACGGGAAGGCACAGAGGUCUGAAGAGACUGAUAGAGAGGGAGACAAGGAUGGGCAGAAGACAACUAGAGGUCUAAAGACACUAAAGAAAGAAGGAGAGUGAGAAAGAGACUUCUACCUGAGACUGAACUGUCUACACACACACACACACACACACACACACACACACACACACACACAUACACACACACACACACACACACACACACAGUAGUCCGUUAGCGCUGACAGGGCAGGGCUCAGUUGCAUGUGACAGCAGGAUGAGCAGUGCCUGGUUCCCAAGGAAACAGCAGAGUCAGCCAUGACACACAAAUCUAUAAUUGCUGACUGUCAUGACAUUUUGUAUAUAUUUGUAUUUAAGGUGUGUAUUUUAUUGGUCGUGUAUGUGUUUUUAUCUCUGAGUGCUUGCGUUUAAAACAUUUGUUCAACAUGUGCCAUUGUAGAAUAGUGAUUUGCGAUGGAUGGCACAGACCUGGGUUCAGAUACAUGUGUAUUGAGUAUUUGUUAUUCAAAUAUUUUGUUCUGUGUAUUUAAGUAUUUUCAAAUAAACAGCUCAAAACAAGUACUUUUAAUUGGGCAUUUGAAUGGUUAUUUGUGAAAAAAACCAAAUAGUAAACCAAAUUGAAUCUGAAAGUAUUUUCAAAUAUUUAUUUCAUAUACUCGUUUCAGAUACCUGGGGUAAAUGCAUGGGAGAGUAUUUGAGUCAGUGUAUUUGAGUAUUUCCUAAUACUUUCCAAGUGUAUUUACAAAUAAAUGUCAAUAUUCAACUACUUGUUUUUUUUUUCAAAUAAAUUUGAUCUGAAUACUUGUUUUGAAUUGUAUUGAAAAGUAAUUGCAAUACCUUAAAUAGCAUUUGAACCCAGGUCUGGUACGGCUUAUACCAACAUUGGUCUGAUGUUUGUUUUUGAUAAGAAUAAUAAAAUACAGAAAAACUUUC